AUGUCGUCGGCAUGGGGCGGCUGGGGUACCAAACUAAAUGUGACGUCCAUUGUGUCGCAAGGACUCGAACAGGUUCGAAAUUUGCGCGAUGACGUAGAGAAGUCAUUUGAUCAAGUGGUCACAGGUGUGCCUGGCGUCCGUGGGCCACUGCCGCUCACGGUUUCUGGAUACACAAUUCGGGAUCAGAUUGCAAGCGAGGCCAAUGAAAUAAAUUCUGGAACAGAACAAAUUGAAGCGAGAAUUGAAGAUGUUGAAUUGCGUGAAAUGCGCAGCGAAGAUAGAACUGUGUGCAUGAAGUCGGAGAAACUACCAAGUGGGAACAAGACUGCGGUUAUCGAGGCAGAUGUUACACAGUUUGAUACUCAGCAAGAUCCUCUAGAAUAUGAUGAAAAGGUAACUGGGAACUCUAGAGAUGAAUUGGAUCUAGCAGCCAAUGCUUUGACGAAGCCUGAAAAUAACGAAAAGCGGAAGAAUGAGACUAUUGUCGAGACUAAACAGAUGGAGCUGGAAGAACUACCACAAGAGAUGGAAGUUGAGAUUGAGCGAAAAGACGUAGAAAUCAAUGUGUAUGUGAAGGAGGAAGAUUGUCCAGAUGAGCAGAAGCGAGAGCUAGAGCAGAACGAAUUAAAAGCUGAGUGGAAGGAGGCGGAGCCUGCAGUAAAUUCUAGUCCAGUUGAAGAUGAAGAAAAAAGUCUAGAAACGUCAGCAACAGAAAAAGUAAUCGAAAAAGAGUUGGAAAUUAUUGAUGGCGACGACGUGUCAAGUUUGCGGAAGAAGCUGGCAAUGAGAGAAUCUCAGUUACUGGCAACUUCAAUGACAAUCCAAGAGUUGCAUGAUGAGCUAGACAAGACAUGUCAUCGCGAAGUUGUAGCGGUAGAACGUGCACAAUUUCUGACCGAACAGCUGGAAAACAUGCGUCAUGAAGUAACAAAAUUGACGCAGCUGCAUCGAGACACAAGUACAAGUCAGAAUGCUGAUGUUCUGGCUCUACAACAAGCGCUGGCUGAAAAAGAGGAGAAGCUUAGUGCGUUACUAGACGAAGGUCAAGUGCUUUCUGUGAAGCAGGCGCACCUGGAGCAAAGAUUACGAACUUUGCGUAAAGAGAAAAACGAGGUGGAAGCACGAGUUCUGAAAUUGCAGACUCAAUUGGAAUCUUCGAUCGAAGAAACAAAAGAUUUGUCGACGAAGCUGAAGUGCUGCGAGAAGGAAAAGACACGCCUCGCAUCUGAAAAUCAAGAAUUUAUAGGCAUUACAGACACAAUGAAGAUAAAGCUACAAAGGUCGGAGCAAGAAGCUAAAGACGCGAAGUGUCAGGUAGAAAAUCUUCAAAGUCGAAUCGAAAAGCUGACACGGGAAGUGACUAGCAAAACCGACGAACUGGACAGUUUGAAGACGUCAAUCAAGUCUUCCGAAGCUCUUAACCUUGAAAAAGAGGAGCUUCAACACACAGUUUUGUUUCUUCAAGAGAGUAUUCGCGACCUGGAGCAGGACGCAGCUCGUCGUGAAGAAAUGGCUCGAGCAGAGAUUGCCGAUUUUAAGCGCAAGUGGCAGGAAGCAGUGGCUCGUGUAGAAUUGUUGGGGCUUAGUGUAUCUGAAGCCACACAACCUUUCCUUCGUCAAAUUCAUGAUUUACAAGAAGAGCAGCGUGCGAGACAAGAGAGCUGGAAAGCCACUGAGGCAGCACUUCUUGGCAGGAUCGAGGAGGCGAACGAACAGCGUCGUGUGACUGAACAAGAAAAAUUUGACAUGGAGCAGCAAGUAAACGAAUUUAGAGUAAAGGUGGAGGAGAACGAACUUGAAUUGUCAAAAAGGCAGACUGAGCUGGUUCGUGCACAAGAAGCUCUGGAAAGAACGAAGGAGGAAGAAUAUGGCUUACGUGGACAAGUGGACGCACUUCAGAUUGACUUAUAUCAGGCGAAGCAUCAGCGCGACGCCGAAGCGGCCGCGAAAGAAAAACUACAGGAACGAUUGGACGCUCUUGCAAAGAUUCCCGUGAAGCUAGAGAUGUCAGCCGCCGUCACAGCUGAAUCUGAACAGACUCGGGAGAAUGAGGUACAGCUUCGACAAGACUUAGAAUGGCACCGACAAGAGCUGAAGCGCUUAAAGAACGCGAUGGCUGCCAGAUCGUCUACUGGCUCUCCUUCACAACAAUAUUUUGGAGAAUGUGGCAUUGAUGGUGAAAGUCAUGAAUGCGCGCAAAUGUCUGAGGCGUCCAUAUUAAAAGCAGCGCUGGAGACUACAAAUAGCGACUCGAUCAAUUCGAAAGAUGGCAAUAUGUCAGUUUUAGGACUGAAUCAACUACAACAGAGACUGCGUCUACGUGAGGGUGAGAAUCGAAUGCUUAAGCAGCAGAUUGAAGCUCUGGAGGCUCGACAAAAGCAAACAACAGAUGAGAUCGUUCGCUUAAGCUCGCGCAACGCUCUGCUUGAAAGUGGUGAGGCGCAGCGUGAGCAAGUACAGCUCGAAUUCGAAAAGUUACAAAAACAUCAAGUGGUUCUGCUUGAGCUGUUUGGAGAGAAAGAAGAACAAGUUGAAGAAUUACAGGCCGAAGUGAGCGAGCUUAGAGCAUUUUAUCGGAAGCAACUUGACACAUUGGCCACUCACAACGAUACGCAGCAGAAAAAGCGUGAAAAAUAG